ACCAAGCCUCACCAUUUACGCAAAUAGCGUUACAAAGGUUCGUAGUGAAUAAGACAGCGAGCCCGAAACCGAUGGGGAAGGAAUAAAAUAUAAUACCAGAAUCGUCGGGUCUGACUGGAACUGUUCUUUCCAGAGGAACGAAGUGCACAAGACCCGAUAGCCAACUGGAAUAACCGGAUUUGGACGUCGCGGUGUGUGGAGUUGGGACGAGUUUGCAGGGUCGUGGAAAUCGUUAAUGUAAAAAUUGAGCAACUGGCAGAUUUUUCGUUUGAAUCGUCGGUAGGGUAGAAGAGCAAGGGAGCCGGCAUGGCGGACGGAUCGUUGAGUCUCCAUCGGAAUAUGAAGAGGAUCUGCAUGGUCCUGGAUCUAUAGGAAUAUACAGCAACCAUUCCCCAUUAACGCAUUAUCUGAUUGUUUCACUUCUGUAAUUUUGUACUCAACUGUGACCAAGUUAGGGAAAUCAAACCAGCAGUGGGUUCAUUUGGGGGCCACAGGGCCAGAUUCAUGACUAUUUAGUCGAAGACGCGCCUCCAAGGCCUAUAAUCAACUGAAGGAAAACGAGGAACCAAAGGAAGAAAGGAUGCUUUGAACGACUAUUGGGGGACGAGAAAGGGUAGAUUGAUAGGUCAAAAUAACGACUGUGAAGGCUCGUGGAGAGGAGUUGAUAAAAAAAUAAUAUUGUAAAUAAUCUAACAUUCAGAUUAAGGAACUGUCAUUCUUUGAAUGCAAAGGUUUAGAAAGAAAUCUACCAAGCCACCAAAGUUACAAUCACGUAGCAUACAGUAUUUGAUUCGAGGAUUGGAUCAUGUCGGGGCGGCCCCGAACCACCUCCUUCGCGGAGAGCUGCAAACCAGUGCCGCAGCCCUCGGCUUUUGGCUCUGUGAAAGUCAGCAGGGACAAGGAUGGCAGUAAGGUGACAACGGUGGUGGCCACCCCAGGCCAAGGGCCCGACAGGCCCCAAGAGGUCAGCUAUACAGACACCAAGGUGAUUGGGAACGGCUCCUUCGGAGUGGUCUACCAGGCCAAGCUGUGUGACUCUGGAGAGCUGCUGGCCAUCAAGAAGGUUCUGCAGGACAAGAGGUUUAAGAACCGCGAGCUGCAGAUCAUGAGGAAACUGGACCACUGCAACAUUGUACGCCUGCGCUACUUCUUCUACUCCAGCGGAGACAAGAAGGAUGAGGUGUAUCUAAACCUGGUUCUGGACUAUGUUCCUGAGACAGUCUACAGAGUUGCCAGACACUACAGCCGAGCCAAACAGACUCUGCCCAUAGUCUAUGUCAAGUUAUAUAUGUACCAGUUGUUCAGGAGUCUGGCCUACAUCCACUCGUUUGGGAUCUGCCAUCGGGACAUCAAGCCUCAGAACCUGCUGCUGGACCCCGAGACGGCUGUGCUCAAACUCUGUGACUUCGGCAGUGCUAAGCAGCUGGUACGUGGAGAGCCCAACGUGUCCUAUAUCUGCUCUCGCUACUACAGAGCCCCCGAGCUCAUCUUUGGUGCCACCGACUACACCUCCAGCAUAGAUGUGUGGUCAGCUGGAUGUGUGCUAGCAGAGCUGUUGCUAGGGCAACCAAUCUUCCCUGGCGACAGUGGAGUUGAUCAGCUGGUGGAGAUCAUCAAGGUUCUGGGGACCCCUACACGGGAGCAGAUCCGAGAGAUGAACCCCAACUACACUGAGUUCAAAUUCCCCCAGAUUAAGGCACACCCAUGGACUAAGGUGAGUCAACAGGUGUUCAGGCCGCGCACGCCCCCGGAGGCCAUUGCCCUGUGCUCUCGGCUGCUGGAGUACACGCCCACCUCGCGCCUCACCCCCCUGGAGGCGUGUGCACACUCCUUCUUCGACGAGCUGAGGGACCCCAAUGUCAAGCUGCCCAACGGGCGAGAAAAACCCUCUCUCUUCAACUUCACCACCCAGGAGCUGUCCAGUAAUCCCUCGCUGGCCAACAUCCUAAUCCCCGCCCACGCCCGCUCUCAGGUCGCCACCUCCACCCCAACCAACGCCACCGCCACCGUCACCACAGAUGGUAACAGCACAGAUCGUGGCCCCAGCACCACUACCGCCUCAGCCUCUGCCUCCAACUCCACCUCCUGAACCCUCCCUCUCUGACCCCCCCCACAUCGCCCCAAUCAGGGGUGCACCUGGGUGCCAGCUGUAAGAAUGAUGACAUGGCAGGGUUUAAAACAGAUGACAACAACAACGCAACUAACUGAGCCCUCCACGUCACCCAUCUAAGUGUUUGAUUUCUGCAACCUACUCCACUGAGGACAUCUUUAUGGUCUGUUAGAGGGAGGGAGUGGUGGGGGCUGAUGAAAUAUAAGAGUAUUCAUAUAUAAACGUACCAUAUAUACACAAUACUAGCCUGCUAAUGUUUUCAAGAGGACAAUCUAUGUAUCAAAGUAAUUAUCUGUCCCCUCACCCUCCUCCUCUUCCUUGUCCACAAUGAAGCCCCCCCCCCCAACUUCAUAUCCUCAUCACUUCCCCUCUGACACCCCCUGGUUGGGAUGGCCACCCAGGCUCCUCCUCCUGUAGUGCAUGGCCUGAGUAUAGUUAGGAGCACCCAGAGUGACCUUUCACCCCUGCAUUGACGUCCACACUUCUGCUAAUUAGGCAUGAGGCACACAUACAUACACACACAUACAUUCUUACCAACACACGCCGAUGCAUGAAGGUCCUGAUAUAUGUGGACAGUCCAAUCAGAAGGGAGGUUUUGCUCGGGGUUGUUUUUAAACGGUUAGCGAACAGUUUUAUUCUGUUUUUAUUUUAUAUUCCCUUGGCUUAGGAUGGGUGGGAUCAUUUAGAUUGACAUGUCAGAUGUCUAUGGUUCUGUGUGCUUGUAUUACGUUUCCACUGAAUGUACAAAACAUUAGGAACACCCCCGUUCUACAGGGAUGCUGGCCCAUGAUGACUCCAAUGCUUCCCACAGUUGUGUCAAGUUGGCUGGAUGUCCUUUGGGUGGUAGACCAUAAAUGAUACACACGGGAAACUGUUGCAUGUGAAAAACCCAGCAGCGUUGUAGUUCUUGAGACACUCCGGUGCGCCUGGCACUUACUACCAUACCCCAUUCAAAGGCACUCAAAUAUUUUGUCUUUCCCAUUACAUCUGAAUGUCACACAUACUGUACACAAUCCAUGUCUCUACUGUCUCAAGGCUUAAACAUCUUUCUUUAACCUGUCUCCUCACCUUUAUCUCUAUGCUGAGAAGUAGAUUUAACAAGUGACAUCAAUAAGGGAUAGCUUUCACCUAGAUUCACCUGGACAGUCUGUCAUGGAAAGAGCUGGUGUUCCUAAUGUUUUGUACACUCAGUGUAUACAUACAUACAGUUUAUAAAUUACUUUGCAUUAUGUACAAAUAUAUAUAGAUAUAUGUAUAUUUAACUUCAAUGGUUCAGAAUCCGUAACGGUUAGUUGUUGGCUCACAGAGCAGGGGCAAUAUUUGCUACUGCCUAAAGACGUGAAGAGGCAAGGUGGUGUGAUUUCUUUGGUUAGAAAAGCCUUUUUUUCAGCAGUCACUUCCCUGUUUUCCUUUAUGUAAUUAUUGGUAUGUUAAUGCUGUAGACAGGACUAGAAAAACGCUCUGUUCCUUAACUAUUUUUAUUUAUCUCUAUCAGAUGACUGUGUUGUAAUGCAGUCAGUUUGGAGGGGAUGUCUCCCCCACACCUUUCCGUCUCUUUAGAUGAAGACUUUUUCUUCCAAACCAGCCCCUAGCUUCUACCCCCUUAGCAUUUGAUUUGGAAUUCAGCCAUGGAGAGAGGUCUUUGUUGUUUCUGGCUAGAUUGCGAGGAGUCCUCUGUCCCUCCUGGCUCUCCGAUUGUGACCACUGACUCAGUGUUAGUACAAUGUUCAUCAAAUGUUUGUCCAACGUUAAUUGAACAUUAGUCUAGCAUUCUGUUCUUUCCUCUAUCUCUCUCCACCUGAACCACACAAGCACCUCUCUGGUACAGUCUCUCAGAGUAGAGCGUCUUACUUACCCAGACAUAUUCACACAGGUUCAAUAGGACAACACAACUACACUGUGUAUAUGUAUACAGUUCAUAUGCUCCUCACCAAAUCCUGACUCAUAUUUUCGUUUUUUAUGUUUGUUAGUUUCUUCUGUUUUUAUGUUGUGAUCAUGGCAUGUACAGUAUAUAUGUAGAGCCAUGUACUGUUUAUGAGCAAAAACAAAGAUAUGGGGGGAGAAAAGAAAAGAAGAAAAAAACAGACUUGUUUGUUGGAUAUUGUAGAUGAUGAUGAUGAUGAUGAUGAUGCUUUAUCCAGCCAUGUAGUUCAAUCUUUACCUGUACAUUACAGUAGAUGACAGCUUUAUUAUUGGAACAACACCUAGUCAUGUAUAGUGUAUCUAUAGUUUGGAGUGCCUUUUCUUUCAUACACCUUCGCCUUGCCCCCCUUACCUCCCACCCCACCCCUCCCAUCACAUAACCUUACAUCCUCCUUAGGUGCUGUUGAAUGACUUUCUGCCCCCUCCUCUCAGAUCUCAGUUUCAGUCAAGAGUUGUGCCAAUGUUAGUUUAAUGUUAGAAUUUCUCUCUUUCUCUGUAUGUACAAGUCAUCUUCAACCUCCUUUCCCCCAUGUUUAAAGCUUUUUGUUACAAAUCUGUUUUUUAAACAUUAUCUAUAUAUAGUUCAAGAUUGUUGUCCCGAUUUGAAGAAAAGUCUGUGCUUGAAUGGUUGUUAUGGUUUCACUAGGGUGCAGAAAUAUCUUCCACACACACAACAGACAACAGAGUCAACAUAGCAUAGACAUACAUUAGAGUACAUUAUGUAUUCAGUCAAAAUGAUGCUUCUGGUAUCAAAGCCAUUACGCCAAUUGAUGAUAUUGAUGUUGUGACAAGCCAUCCUCAGAGGUAAUGCAGUACCUUGUAUCUCAUUGUCUACACACCCCUUCUCUUUUCCACCCUCCAUCCCUCUGUGUUCUGAGGGGUUUAUCAUGUCCCCCUCCCGUGCCACCCCAUCCUGUUUGCUGUAAUAUUUGUGUUCAUCAACGUGUUGCUAUCUAUCCCACCAGUGUGACCACUUCACCUCUCUCCCCUGACUCCAGUUCAACCAGAGUGAACCAUGUCAAUCCACACCACAACCGUUUCAGUUACCAAAACAAAAAGACAAGCAAGGAUAGUGGACUAUAAUAUACCGACUGUGGCAUCGUCACCCUCGUGGCAGAAGAAUAUGCUAACUGAGUUUAAAGAAAAACUAAAAGACGACGGAAAACUAACUGUAUAACAAUACCACUACUACUUGAAUGCCUCGGUUUGUGACAUUUUAUUUCAUUUUUAAAUGUUUUUUUUUUUGGUUCUGUGAAGGUAUCCUAAAUGUUCGCCCCUGUAAAUACUUCCCCCUGCGUGCCCUGAGGAAUAGUUCCCUGGUUUCCUGGUACUGUCAUUUGCAUUAAAUAAAGAGUAGGAUAGCCUGGAAAUGAA